GUUUUAUGGCGGAUGGCGGUGCUGCCACUGUCUCUGCCGUUGAUCGUUUCGGCGAUCACAUUUGAUCUGAUAUUCCAUGACCUAAAAGGAACACCCCUCGUACUACUCGCCCCCACAAGGAACAUCACCUUUACCGUAACCGGCAAUAGCCUACUAGCCGAUACCGUAACCCUAGCGCCUGUGGAAGUCGGCUCCACCUUGUCCGUGUCGGUAAAGUGCCUUUCCGAAACAUCAGUGCAUAUUUCGACAGCUGGACGAAAUUCGUUGCUCUAUUCACCAUCGAUAUGCUCUGCUGCCAAUGGAGUGUUGGUGGAUGAGGCCACUUUGCACGGCAAUUGUGUAAGCAACUUAUAUCAAGGAUCGAAUUUAUUACUGACAAAGCUUUGCGGUAGUCAUUCAACGAAAUCCGAUGCACCAUCGCGAUCCACGGCAGUGUCGACCAUCCAGCCUAUUUAUGUAGCUGAGCCAUUGGAGGUAAACGAGGGAGGUUCGAUGCCUUUGCAAUGGAAGAAUAUCUAUGUUUUGCCAGAACAUUCCCGCUUCAACCUUACAAACAAGCAAAUCGCAUUUUCUGUAGUAGAAGGUCCACAUCACGGUACGCUGACACUAGAUGGCCAGCCAUGUUCUGCGUUCGAUUAUAGUCAGUUGUUAGCUAGAAGUGUAAUCUAUCGUCACGAUGGUAGUGAAACGACGCAGGAUCAGCUCGAGUUUCAACUCGACAUCAAUUCAAAGAAAACCGAUUUUCCGUGGUUCGAUUCGGCCACAUACGUACUACGGAUACGUAUCAACCCCGUCAAUGAUCCACCGGAGCUAACCGAGGCCAAAGGAGGCCAUGUGAUAAAGAUUUCAGCAAAAGGAAGUCGCACUCUCUCACCCGACCAGAUCCUUCUGUCUGAUCCAGAUGAUGGCCCAGACAAGAUCCGUGUCCAAGUGGUCGAGGGGCGUGGCGUCCAUUUGCGCAUUCAUAAUAGGACAGUGACCGAGUUUACACAAAGACAAUUCAUCAAUAGAUUAGUAACAAUCCAUGAUGAAGGUUUGUUCGAAAAGGGUGUGCUUCGAUUGGUUGCUAGAGAUAGGGAUUCAAGAUCACAGGUUUUGACGUUACAUACUAUCAGCACUCCAGUGGAAGUUCGACUAAAGACGAAUACGGGCGUACGACUGCUACAUCAUUCUUCAGCAUUAAUCACAGCAAGCAACCUCUCCUUCACUGCCUCGGUACCAGAUCUACCUCUGUCCUUUUCCAUUGUUGGUCUUCCAGACCAUGGUGUUAUAGAAUGUAGUCCAGAACACGGUCAUUUUGCUGUAUGCAGCACAUUCACACAAGAACAGGUAAACCGAGGACUGGUUAGAUUUCGCCACACUAGCAGUCAUCACCCAAAGCAAGAUAUGUUCAGCUUUCAGGUCGAAUCUGGAGACUAUGUGUCGAUGAUACACAAUUUUCGCCUAAUGUUCAUUCCAAUGAAUGUGAAGGUGUUCAAUCGCGAAGCGUUUAUGCUCAAUGGAACGGAAUCUGCCACACUCAGCCGAGCUAACCUCUUCGCUUGGACUUUUCCAAAAAGCUAUUCGCCAGAGAAACUUGUAUACCAUAUCGAAGAACCACCCAAAUAUGGCAUACUCUCAAGAAGAAUCAAUGGAAAAAGUCGAAGGAUUGGAGUUUCUUCUAACUUUACGCAAUUGGAUAUCGACAAUCGCCUGAUCUCUUUCAAGUUGCACUUCAUGCAAUAUUCCAUUAUCAACGACUUCUUCCUUUUUCGAGUCAUUACUCCUGCAGUUUCGUCUGAGUCACUUAGAUUUGAGAUCAUCUUCGUUCCCACACAGACAUCCAUCCAGUUGGUAAAUCGCACCGUUGUCGUACAAGAAGGAGAAGCAACUACCAUCACCUCCGAUUCGCUAUCGUUAGCCACUCCGGACGAUUCUUUCUUCAUUUUUAAUCUGGCCUUGGCACCAAUCCAAGGAGCUCUGAUGCUGAAGACUAAUGGAGGCAACAAAACACUUACGGUCGGCAUGAACUUCACAACUAAAGAUGUGGCCGAAGAGAGACUCAUCUACUCGCAUUCUGGUUCCGAAAGUCAUGCUGAUCGUCUCCAUCUUAUUGCUGAGUCAGCAUUUCGCAGAGGAAGGCGGAUACCUUUCUGGAUGUCAUUUUCAAUAAUUCCUAUAAAUGAUAACAAGCCCCGACUACAAGGAAGUGAUGUGAUACAGAUUGUGGAAAGGGGCGAGCGAAUACUCUACCCAACUUUGCUGAACUGGGUUGACGACGAUUCUGAUGGUUCACCGCUGCAAUUCAACUUUUAUCAGCCGAUAAAAGACGCAGCCGUGCUUUCCACAGUCUCGCCUUAUCAUCCAGUGACAGCAUUCACAGAAAAAGAUCUACAACAAGGACGAAUUAUGUUAAGACACUUGGGGCACAAGAGAAAUUUUACUAUCAGCUACACAGUCAGCGAUGGCAAGCACACCGUCGAGGGUCUGUUACGGGUCAUAGCAUCGGACCCUUUCAUAAAAAUUGGUGAAAGUCUCCUGGAAUAUUGUUGUCUACCUGGUGAUACACCCAAUCUUCCUGUGGGACCCUUGAAUCUUUCCGUGUUCACCAAUUUGGAUAUAAAAUUGGAGGAUAUCGUGUAUCAUACAGAAUCCAAUAAUUUUCUUAAACAACAGCAUAGAUCGAGACGGCCAGUGCGUGAUUUCACGCAGAAGGACAUCAAUGAUGGGAAGAUUUCGUACAAUGUUGGUCCCGCAGUUGCUGAACCACUUACAGUGAAAAUAGCCAAUCAAAGCUUAAGAGCACAGGUCCAAAUUAUUCGCCGUUCGUUGGGAGCAUCGUUGGAGCUUCGUCGAUCUAACACCGUCUCUGUGCCUGUAGAAGGCGUUAUUUCAAUAGAUUCGAGUCAUUUGGAAAUCGGCGAUUCAGCCACCUCAGCUGACCAUCUCAUCUAUCAUGUGAUUAGACCACCUCAGGAAGGAACACUAGUCUUGGAAAGAGAAAAGGGCUCUACCUCACCGCAUAUGUCAGCGCAGCGAUUUACGCAAAGGGACGUGGAUUUGGGAAGAGUACAGUAUAUCCACAGUGCUAGCGGAGCAGGAAGGGAUACCGUAUACUUCAACAUCAGCUCACCUCAUAUUACCAAAGGGCCUUACACACUGUAUUUGGAAAUUUACGAGCAUCAUGUCUCGCUCAACACGUCACCCAUUCAAGUGGUAGCUGGAGCCUCUACAGUGAUUUCCAAUACUGCAAUCAACGCAACAUCGUCAGAUAGAGAGGACUAUGUAAUAAACGUGGUUGAGAAACCCUAUUAUGGUUGGAUAGUUUUGGACUCGUGGAAUCUAAGCAACAUCAGUUCUAUAGUGGCUCGGAUCUACGCGAACGACGGGUUGUUGACGGCUUGCAUAUCUGAUCACACAUGCACACAGCCGCGAAUUGUUGAUGUGACAUUAUCGCAGAGGAAUGUGCAAAGUCCUCAACUUCUCCGAAACGAAAUACUCCGGGUUAGUGCUGAUAAGACGGUUAUAACCAAUGCCCACCUCGACACGGAGGACCCUGAUACGCCAUCCACUGGAGUAUUUUUCCUGAUCUCGCGACCUUCAAAUGGAGUGGUUGUAAAUGCCAACGACGUAUCGAAAGCGAUCUAUAACUUCUCACAAAAAGAUGUAGAUGAUUCUUCAGUGGUCUUCAUGAGACACUUGAAUGCAUCUGGAUCCGGUGGCUUUUCCUUUCUGCUCUCUGACGGUGUCCAUCAAAUCGGACCUGAAUGGUUUUCUAUCGAAGGCUGGACCAGCAAUUCACCAGUAUUGCAAGCGAAUGCAAGACUAAUGGCUUCGCCAAAUGGGAGUACGGUAAUCGGAGUGGAGUCACUACGAGCAAACAUACCCAAUGCGCGACCUGAAGAGAUACUGUAUUCUAUAUCGAGGACACCGAAGUUUGGAAAGAUUAUGGUGGAUGGACAUGAGACUGGGAAAUUUAGUCAAUAUGAUAUCAACAGGAAUCGUGUCACUUACAACAAUGAAAAUGUACGGCAGACCGAAUGGACCAGAAAAGACGCAUUUCAUUUUGUACUCCAAAAGAAUGGCUCGGAUAAACCGAUAGAGGAGGAGUUCAGGUUCCGCAUUUCCACUACCUACGCUGCUCUACAGGAUCCUACUGUGAGAUAUGUGAAGACUUCCCCGCUGAAAACAUCUAAAGGAGGCUCGGUGGCUUUGACAGCGACUCAUCUUGAAGCUAGUAUGCUUGCUUCAUCAGCGUCGGAUGAGAAGCUUAUACUGGAAGUGUCAACCGCUCCUAGACAUGGUGUGCUCGAGUUUCUGGACGGUGUUGCCAGUCAAUUAACUUGGUCGGAUUUCCAAGCUGAAACCAAACUAAUUUAUAGGCAUGGAGGUGAAGAGUCACGGGACGACUCGGUCACUUUCUUCAUCUAUCCAGCAAGUGAGAAAACGAGAAGAUCCAGUCGUUUGCGUAUUACCGUACCCAUCCAAAUCACCACGCUGCGGGACCCUCUGGUUCAGGUCACAAGAUUCCCGACAUCGGUCUCCAUUCGCAAUUCCGGUUCACUCAUAUUAUCUCCACAAUAUUUCCUUGCAACUCAUCCUCAUGUGCCAUCCCAAUCUAUUGUUUACGAGAUUACGCACCCAGGGGCAGCAGGAACAGCUAUUAGGGUAAAUGGACAGAAGAAAGGCAUGUUCAGUCAAGAGCAGAUUAACGAAGGUGCCGUAACCCUAAUUCACGCUCCGUCAUCGUCAACUUUAUCAUCACAUGACGUUCUUGGAUUUUCUGUCGAAGGACAUUCUCGUGCCCUCAUUGUGAAGCUCAAACCACUCGACUUAGCGUUAGAAAAUCACACAGCAAUAGAAUAUCCGCAGGGAAAGACCUAUGUGGUGUUAAACCGGACUCAUCUUGGUGCCUACGCAAAUGGAAAUAGAUCGGCCAUUACUUAUAAGAUAAUAAGCGGACCAGAGAAUGGCACAUUUUACUGGGUAGCCGGUGAGAAAGAGGCUAAACAGUUUACCCAGAAAGACAUUGAUGAAGGGAAGAUUCUUUAUGCUCAGCUCAAUAUGCACUCGUAUAAGGAUAGCUUCGAAUUCAUUAUGGCCAACACCGAGAAAGGAGUGGUACGCAACCGAUCCGAUAUUGUCGUUACACCUUUAGUCAUUGCUCAACCGGUGAUUGUUGAGACUAACAGUGCAGUACCGUUGACACCCAGUCAACUGAACGCAAGUGCCUUGCAGGGUUCGACACCGAGGUUUCUGAUCACGUCCACACCAAAAUACGGCCGUAUAUCUUUGGAUCCUGUAGCUAACCAUUCUGCUACAUUUUUCACAUUUCCGGACAUUAUUCGAGGAAGAGUGUUUUACCAAGCUUUCAGCACGAAUAGGGAGGUGACCGAAAACUUGGAACUUGAAGUUCGAGCAGACAGUGUGCAACCGGCCCGGUUUAUCCUACCUAUCACUAUCAUUCCGACUGAUACAGAUGUUCAAGAGCAGCAAGAAAAAGAGGUGCGACGGAAGGAUUUGAAGGAGGAAACGCAGAUCGAGUCACCUCGCUUAUCGCCCGUCAGCGAACAACUUCCAGUGGUGAUACUGAUAGUCAUUCUUGGUAUCACCGUUUGCGUUCUCCUAUGUCGACGAAGGCCAAAAAAGAAGCCUACACCAGCACCGUCUACACCGCAGUUAGGCUCCACGCCUCGUACAUCAUUACCGGAGAAACCAGAUUUGUUAGGGUCCACAGUUUUUGCUCAGUUAGGGAACUCUGCACCACCCCCUCGACAACCACUGAAAACUUUCGAAAGAACGCAAGUUACUCCGCUCAGCAAAAGGCGCUUACAGCCUUCAUUGGAUUACGCUGGGUUGGCUACGGAUACACCUCCACCAAUGCCGUUAUUCAAGCAACUGGCGGCACAAAGAUCUGAUGCUCAUCAUUGGGUUUGAUAUACACUGCCUUUUAUGUACAAAUCAUCAUGUCCUUCAUGCAAAUAAUUUAAAGAGUAUAUAUAACAAUUCACUUCUAAUAUAUUGAU